GCCUUGGGCAGUGGCAAGAAACGUCGAAGGACCCUACCGUUCAAUGAGUUGUCCGACGCGGUGGCCCGGGAAAUGUACUCCCAGGUCCUUUGUCCCGAAAAAGGUGAACCAGUGACUUCGCUAGUGGAGCGAGGUGACAACAUCACCGUAACUCAGGCCAUCGAGCUGUUGAGAUUGAUGCACUCCUUCGCUCCCAGUUUGAACCUUGAGGUGAGCAACUGGGUCUCAUCCAAGUUGGACCGAAAAUUGAGGUACCAAUUGGAAGAUCCGUUCAGCGUGAUCAGUGGCACUUUACCUCGUUGGGCCGUGACGCUUCCGAAAGUCUGUCCUUUCCUCUUCAGCCUCAAGACCAGAAAGAUGCUGAUGAAGUACACCGCCUUUGGUCCUUCUUUUGCCGUGCACUGGACGCAGGAGCAUAAAGUGGGAAGCUUUCUGAAGCGCCGUGCCACGGUGCAGACCGAGCUCAACGCCCAGACAGAUCCACGAAAGAUGCAGGAGCUGUCCCAGGAACUGUCAAAUAUCGAAGAGCACGUGGUUCGGUCCAACUAUUGGCUGGGCACCUUGCAAAGCACCCUGGUGAGAUUAGAGAAGGGUGAGGAGUUCUUGCGCCAAGCAGAUGUAGCCAUGGGCUUUCUGGCGAACGCCAGCAAGCUCAUGGAAGUGCAAUUCGAGGGCGAAACCGGCUUUGGCGUCGCCGUGACACAGUCAUUCUACGUGGAGGUGGCGCAAGCCUUGCAGGACCGCAGCGUGAACAGCAGCAUUCCCAUGUGGGUUGAAGAUGAUGAUUCUGGCACUGGUCAGCAGCAUUUGUUGUGUCGUAAAGGGCUUUUGCUCAAGCCAUUGCCUCCCGGGCCACAGCGCGACCAAGUGGUUCAUCGCUUCCGCUUUUUGGGCCGGCUGAUGGGACAAGCUCUGAGAGAGGGUUUCAUCGUGCCUUUGCCCCUCGCGGAUGAAUUUUUCGCGUUGCUUUUGGAUGAACCGUUGGGCCCCAGCAACCUGCCCAAGCCUGGGCAUGGCGUGGCUGGCGAGCUCCUUGGCGCCCUAAACGAAUUCCUGGAGGACUUGGCACUGAAUGAGCCCCAGGGCCCUGAGGAACGCCAGGCGUGGCGACGCGCACAGGCCGACAAGUCCGACUUCGGAGAACGUUUUUUGACGGCCAGCGAUCGACCCGAUGCCAGUCCGCAGGAGCCCAUGUCCUUCAACGAGUACACACAGCUGGUGGGGCUUUGCUUCCUGGAGACGGGCUUAAGUGGUGCUGAACUCUGUCCAGAAGGGGAUAGCAUCGCGGUCACCGCAGACAACGUCACACGAUUCGUGGAAGAGGCAGCAAAUUUCUGGUUUAACACCGGCGUUCGCGAACAGGUGAAUGCCUUCCGCGCUGGCUUGAACGACGUUUUCCCCUUCAACGCCCUCAAGGCCUUCACGCGGACUGAGCUGAGGGAGAUGUUUUGUGGUGAAGAUCGCAUCGAUUGGGAUGAACAAGCAUUGUUGAAUCACAUUCACCCCACCGGUGGUCUGACGGAAAAGUCGCCUUCCUACAAAUUCUUGGUGGCCGUGCUGUUGGAAUUGGGUCAGGCCGAGCGGUCCAGAUUUUUGGACUUCGUAUCCUCUUGUCCUCGGCUUCCUCCAGGUGGCAUCGCGAAGUUUCACGUGGAUGUCUUUCCAGAUACCAGCGCGUCCAGACAAGCCUUUCCGCGUUCCCGUGCAUGUGCCAACCAGCUUUACUUGCCGCCGUAUACCUCCAAAGAGGAACUGCAGGCGAAGUUGGUGGAGGCGAUGCACAGCUCCGCGGGUCACCACGAGCAGAGAGUGCGGGACCAAUGAGAUGUCACAGAGGCAAGAAAAAGCAUUUUUUCCACCGUGGUGUGAUCUGCUCGGGUUUCAAGAUUUUUUUUUCAUCCGGAAGAUUCU